UAAGAGAUACAGUGUUUUUAAUUACCUUUCUAAUUAUACUAAGGUAGAAAUGCAGAAUAAAAAAAAACUAAGUGCUAAAGAGAACCUAAGGCUAUCUAGAACAGCGCCUUGGCUUUUUAAGCAGCUAAGCUAUAAAAAUACUUCUUUAAUAUAA